AGAUCAUUUUAUCGACUUCAACCAGGUAUCUGACCCCAUGGCUGCCUUUUGGCCCCUGGGGAUGGCCUUUUGGUGCAAUACAGUAACUCAAGCAGUUGAUGAGACCGUUGCUACAGCCAUCAGCACCAGAAGCCCCACCCACAACUGUAAACAACAACAGGCCUCGUACGCCGGCUCCGACGGGCAGAUUUUG